GAGACAGACAGCACAACCUCGGGAUGUUUAUAUCAUAACACAUCUCUUCAACUGUGCCAUUACAUCCCUCAGCAUGGCUUUCAGAACACCCAUAAGCCAGGUCACGAAAAGGGCCUCGCCGUCCACCAUCUCCAAGCUUACGAGUAAACCAGCAUCGUCAUUAUGGCAAAGAGGUGGUGCGGAUCAAUUGCGAUCCUUUGCGACGCCGGUACCACCAGUCACGCAAGAUGCGACAAGUUCUAAGGGGCCUACUGCGAUGGUGUUCAUGAAUAUGGGAGGACCUUCUACAACUGAUGAAGUUGGAGACUUUCUCAGUCGUCUCUUUGCAGAUGCAGACUUGAUUCCUCUCGGGCGAUUUCAGAAUUACCUUGGCCCUCUGAUUUCGAAGCGUCGAACCCCAAAGAUUCAGAAGCAGUAUGCGGCGAUUGGUGGCGGGUCUCCAAUCCGUAAAUGGUCAGAAUACCAAGCGGCGGAGAUGUGCAAGAUCUUGGACAAAAUCUCACCAGAAACUGCACCACAUAAACCAUAUGUCGCAUUUCGAUAUGCCAAUCCAUUGACUGAAGAGAUGUACAAUAAACUGCUAGAGGAUGGAUUCGGUGGCGGUAAGGGAGGACGAGCAGUGGCGUUCACUCAAUACCCGCAAUACAGCUGUUCGACAACAGGAAGUAGCUUGAAUGAGCUAUGGAAAUGGAGACAAAAGCUUGAAGGAAAGUCGCCGAACUUUGCCAACGAUGGAUCAAUCAAUUGGAGUGUGAUUGAUAGAUGGCCGGUUCAUCCAGGACUUGUGGAUGCUAUCGCACUCAAUAUCGAGGAUCAACUCGCAUCAUACCCAGAGGAUCAACGAGACGAUGUGGUGCUUUUGUUCUCGGCUCAUAGCUUGCCGAUGGAUGUUGUUAACAGAGGUGACCCAUAUCCUGCCGAGGUUGCUGCAACAGUCAAUGCUGUGAUGCAGAGACUGAACCACUCCAACCCCUACCGGCUAGUGUGGCAAUCACAAGUUGGACCAAAAGCAUGGCUUGGAGCCCAGACAAGUGAUACGGUUGAGAAUUAUAUCAAGAAGGGGCAAAAGAACCUCAUCUUGAUCCCUGUGGCAUUCACAUCUGAUCAUAUCGAGACGCUAUUCGAACUGGACCAGGAAGUCAUUGGCGAAUCAGGUCACAAGGACACCAUCAAGAGAUCAGAGAGUCUGAACGGAUCUCCAGUCUUCAUCCAAGCACUGGCAGAUAUCGCAAAGAAACAUCUGGACAGCGGCGAAAUCUGCAGUAAGCAGAUGGGACUUAGAUGUCCAGCUUGUACGAAUGCAAAGUGUGGAGCGAGUAAGGAGUUCUUUGCAGGAACGGGAGUUGGGGAAACAUUUGCAACAUCAACUUAAUAAUACCAACAAGAAACGUGUACGUUAGAGGAAAAGCGCACUGUAUAUAUUGUUUCUGAAGGCUUUGAGGAUGUACAAUUCUGUUGUCGGAUUGUCGAAUCCUCAGCUAGACAAGAAUGGAGAUUAGGUGUUAUCGCCGUGCCGUUGUGGACCAUUUGCAGCUAGGAAUGCAUUAUGUCACCACUCAAGCCCCUUGGAAACGCAAGCCUCGGCCAUCGAAAUAAACACUCCGAUCAUGGAGUUCCGUCAAAACACCAGAACAGAUCCAUUUCUGGCUAUUAAGUAAUAGCAGCUGAAUCAAACGGUAGAUGUAGCCUUGGCCG